AUGCCCAGCCUUUUAAAAAAUUUUUUUUUCUUUUUCCUAAUAUCCUCUUUCAUAUGCUACACAGCUCAAUGUUAUAGUUCUACCAUUAGUAAAAAAUCAAAUAGUCCUUAUGUGAAUGAUGGAAAAGAAAAAAAAGAAAUUAUAUCAAUUAUUUUUCCCCAUAUUUUCAGCAUUUUCUAUACCAAAUGUAUAAAUUAUGAUUGUACAGAAAUUUCCUCAUUUAGCUGUAAAAAAAAAAAGAUAUACGCUCAUCCUAGUGGCGAUACUAAUGAUGAUCACUACAUUCCCAUUUGCUCUUAUACAAAUAAGCUCAAGGGUAAAGAUAUGUUCCUUUGCAAAUUAUUUAGUGGUAAGCAUAUUAAUUAUGUCGAUUAUUAUAAAAUUGUUCUCUAUAUAAGCUAUCAUAUAAUUACCACUGAUAUAUGUAGAACAAACAUUUUAGUACAAACGAAGCUUCAAGAAUUGCAUACAAGUGGAGGAAGUUGCGUACGGGGGGGAACAAAAAUUCACAGUGGGGUGCUCAACCUGCUGAACACUGCAUCCGGGGGCCUCAAAAAAAGAAUUAACAUAAAAAAGAAAGAAGCAGCGAAGAACGAAACAAUUAAAUAUGUAGAAGUCAACUACGUAGAAGAUAUUUUCUCAAAAGUCAAUCACUCAAAAGUCAAUCACUCAAAAGUCAACCACCCAAAAGUCAACCACUCAAAAGUCAAUCACUCAAAAGUCAAUCACUCAAAAGUCAACCACCCAAAAGUUAACCACCCAAAAGUUAACCACCCAAAAGUCAAUCACUCAAAAGCCAACCACUCAAAAGUCAACCACUCAAAAGUCAACCACUCAAAAGUCAACCACUCAAAAGUCAACCACCCAAAAUCCAAUUACGCGGAAAUAAACUACACCGACGAAGCUGCACGUGAUGAGGGAGCACCCAGAUCCAAUGCAGUUGACUUUCCUCUCUUUUUUUCAUCAAGUUCGCAUAACAUGUGUGAACAUAUAUAUGCAAAAAGGGAAAAACAAUUUAACAUAAGCAAUAUUAUGAAAAAGUAUAUUUCUAUGAAUAUCUAUACUAAUAUGAGCAAUUCAAAAAAAAAGGUAGAGAACAACUUAAGAAAUAAUCUACUUGGCAUUAUAUACGAUAAUUUUUAUAAAAUGUUUGAUACCUCCUUUUUUGCCAUAUCAUCAAACGCUAUAUUUAAUUGUGGUGGUUACGUCUAUCACAAAGGUAUCUAUACCUUUUUUCUAGUUCAUGCUAUUAAUAAUAGAGGAAGAAAGAACAGGAUACUACAGGGAGGAAGGAACCAUCAGCACAAGAAUGUCGGCGUGAAAAAAGGAAAAAGCAGGGAGGAAAAUAAAGGCAAUCAGAUUGAUCAGAAUGCCGCAAAUGCAGCCGAUGGUGCUAACGGUGCUAAUGAUGAGGAACAAGUAGGACAGAAAGAGAAUGAAGGCGAGGGGUUCCAAGAGAAAUCAGAAAUGAGCUACAUGAAAAAUAAUACAAUACAAUAUUUCAAAUGCUUUUUAGAUAAGGCAAGAGAAAAUGUGGAUGGAGAUAGCGAAUUGUCAAGAUGGGUAGACUCCAGUAGUAAAUCAUGUUAUUGUAGUGAAGAGAAUGCCCAGCCAUGUUCAAUAAACGAUAUAAAUGAUUCUAAUUUUGUUAAUCACCUUGUUGGAAAUGAGAUAUGUGAUGGUAAGCAAAGUAAAAAUGCAAAAGAUAUAUUUAUAGUUCUAUCUGAGUAUAACAUAUUGAAAUGUAAGGAAGAAAAUAAAGAAACUGAAAUGAAUAAGAUAACGGAAGAAAAUUUAUAUAAUUAUUGCAAAAAUGGAUUAAAGUUUUGGGAUAACAAACAUCUAUAUGAGUAUAUGAAUUGUGAUAGUGUAAAAAGUAAAGAAGAAAAAAAUAAAAAUAUAUGUAAAGAUAGAUGCGAAGAUAUAAAAUUAUUAUGUAAUGAUAAAAAUGCUCAGUUCUAUUCUUUUGAUGUUUGCAAAAAGUACUAUGAAAUGAAUGCAUUUCAUCAUUUUACCUUUGUUCGUAUUUUCAAAUUUUUUGAUGAUAAUUGUUCAUAUGUAGAUACUCAUAAUAAAGGAUUAGUUUUAUGUAAACACAAAAAUGUGCAGUGUGAAUUUAGUAAUUGGUCUGAAUGGACAACUUGUACUAAAACAUGUAGAGAAAAUAAUUACGAUUCUAGUGCUUUAAAAACAAGAAAAAGAAUUCUACUGAAAAAUUUUUUAUAUGCUGGUAAAUCUUGUAGUCUUGUUGCUAAUGAUAGAAAUAACUUGAUUGACGUUAAUUUUUGUUCCGAAUUACCUUACUGUGAUCAUAACUUAAAUAAUCAAAAUAAAAAAGAUUUUCUCCCACCAUUUGUUAUACCGUUAAAAGAAAUUGAAAAGGCAAAUACAAUGAAAGAGUUGGAUGAUGAUGAUAAUGAUUUAAUAAAUGAAAAUGUACUUAACAACGACACUGACUUGCUAAUAGAUUGUAAAGUAACUGAUAUGUAUAAUUAUGAAAACGCUCAAAGGUAUAAUGAAAAAAUUAGAGCAUGUUCUUGCCCUGCUAAUGAAACACCAUGCUAUUUUAAAGAUAUUUACAACUCAAACAAAUGGAAAAACUCUUUUGAUAAAUUAUGUAAUUCUAAUCCUAACAUAAAUAUAGUUACGGCAGAUUUUAUUACCAUAGAUUGUAACAUGCUAAUUAGUUUAAAAAAAAAAGAAAUUGCUAUCAACACUUACUUGGCUAUGACUUUUGACUGUCAUUCGACUUUGUUUCAGUAUCUCUUCUGUUCCAAAAUACGUAAUUCCGCAAGAACGAAUUUUAUAUACAUAACUGUUACAUUUAUCUUAGGAGCUAUUGCAGCUAUAUAUAUUCUCUUCCUAAUUUUUAGUGAAAGCGAAAAGUGCAAAGCCCUCAUACCUAGGUUCAACCGAAGGGAAAAACAUCAUUCUGACAGCUCCUCCGAUGAGGAUACCGAAAAUGAGGACGAACAAAAGCUGCAUAAAGAGGAGCAGCCACUACACAAAGGGGAGUAG